UUUACUUGUUCCCAUGGAAACGCCGAAACUGACGAACUUCCCCGCUUUCUGAAACGUUCUUUGACAGCUCAUGUCGGACUUCUAGCUAAUUGUUAAUGCUUCAUCUUAUAAGCCAUGUUAGCUGAAGUCCAGAGUCCUGGCUGUUCGACAUCUAGUGGCCCAUGGAAACUCUCCAACACACGGACGGAAGUUAAAGAACCGCUGCUCCCAGACAGAAAACGCUCUCGGAGAAAAUCAUCUGGCCAAAAAAACUGCUUCUUAGGUCUGGAGACCAGACCAGAGCUGUUAUGGGAGGAUUGGGUCCUUGGAAGAGAGUACACCAAGACACUGGUGUUAAAGAACAUUCGUGACAAGCUGCAGAAGCUACACAUUAGAGGUCCAGAAUCCAUGUUUUUCUCAACCGUGAAUCCUGAAACAGUUGUUCUUUGCCCUGGGACUUCAUUCUCCUUACUGGUCACCUUUAGACCUUUCCAAAGGUGUGAGUAUAAGGACAGCAUUCAGUUUCAAGCUAAGGAGGGAAGCAUUCAAGUAUGCCUCCAUGCCGUGCUUCCAAGUCAUGCUCUGAAGGUGCCUGAAACAGUGAUGCUCCCUCUCUGUGCUGUUCAGCAUUCCACACAAACCAGUUUACCGCUAAAAAAUGUCAGUAAGGUUUUGCUGUCAUUUAAAUGGGAUUGUGCAGCACCUUUCCAGCUCAUUCCAGAACAAGGCCUGUUAAAACCCGGUCAGGAGUGUCUAAUCGCAGUGGACUUCCAGCCGCUAGAGGCGCAGGUGUUCCAGCAGCAGGCACACUGCAGAUUUGGAGAAGAUGGGGACAAAGCUGAUAGAUGCUGUACUGUGCUUCUACAGGGGAUAGCCAAAUAUCCUUAUCUUCAAUUAAGAAAUCCCAGUAAAAAAGAAAGAAACAGCCAUGGUGAUCCUGAGUUGCACUUUGGGUCAGUGCCUGUUGGUCAGAGUUUGAGUACACACUUUGAAAUCUUCAAUCCUUCUCCUGUUAAUGUGAGCUUUUCUCUGUCACGGCUGUCUGGGGGGGCAGACAUGUUUGGUUCAGACUUCCGUUGUGAUGUCACCAGUGGUAAAAUGAUGCCGGGUGGAUCGCAACAAGUUUUGGUCACCUAUUCUCCCGCUGUGGUUGACAUAGUCUCUGUGGAGUAUUUGUUUCUGAGUUACAGAGGGGCACUCAGCAAAACUCGGAUCAAACUCACAGGAAAGUGUACAGGUCCCAAAGUCUGUUUGUCCUCUUCUGUGGUCGACUUCAGGUGUGUUGAAGAAAGAGGAUCAGCAGUAAAAACGGUGGAGCUGCUGAACUCUUCCCCUGUUCAGGCUAUCUACCAAUGGAAUAUAGACUGUAGAAACAGUGUUUUUAGUGUUUUACCAGCAUGUGGCACUGUGCUCCCACAUGGCAAUAUCAAAGUCAAGGUCCUGUACAGACCCAAACACCCUAUGGCACACCACAGAAGAGUGGCAUGUCUCAUACUGCACAGGGAGCCUUUGUUUCUGGACUUGAUUGGUACAUGUCACUCAGAUUGUCAGCAGCCAGCAAUAUUAAAACCUGAGCACUUGGCUGUGUACAAGCAUCAGUGGUGCCGCUUGCAGAACUCACCAGACUCUGUGUGUGACUUGCAGCGAGAUCAAAAUACACUCCUGAACCAACAGGAGGAACUAAACAGUGCUUCUGUCAUUUCGGUCACACCCAUGGAGAAAUUUAAUAAAAUCAGCAUGGAUCCUCUUUCCUUUCCAUCACUCCCAUUUGUAACUAUUGAACCGAGUGAACUGCUGUUCAAUCACAAAACGACAUCCCCUUCGUCCACCUCGUCUGCUGUCUCACAGUGUGUUUCCAUUACAAACCAUGCCAAAGGGAAGCUCAGCCUAAUUUGGACUGUAAUCCAAGAUUCCCCCUUUUGUGUUGCUCCCUCAUCAUUUGAGUUGGCCCCACUGAAGUCAACCACUGUGCGUGUGACGUAUGAACCAAAACAGGUCAAUACCCUGCAUGGAGGAGAGCUUGAGUGCUUUGCAUACUAUAAGGAUGAUCCUGAUACAGAAAAACUUCCAUGUCAGCCUUGGUGUGCGACGGUCAGAGUCAUUGGCCACUCCUUUCAGCCAGACAAAGAGCAUUUCACCCCAAGCUGCAUUUUGAAGCCCCAUCAAGUGGUGUUGCCAACUCUAAGUGGUAUCUCUUGUCAGACCGUGCUACUGCAGAAUGAUGGAGAUCAUCCUCUCACCUUCUGCCUGAAUCACAGACCAGACAAUGCCUUGCCAAAAUCGGUACAUAUUUUGCCAGCCUGUGGUUUGAUCCAGCCAGGAAAUCACCAAAUCAUUACCAUCAGAGCAGUUCCCACAGAGGACAGUCACAAGCAGUUGUUCAACUUACCACUGCAGCUCAAUGCAGCUAAAUUCACAAAGGAACUGACAGUUGUGAGUGUUUUUGAAAAGCCACGUGUGUCUUUUGAAAACGGCAGCCGUUUAUAUUUCCACCCAACCGCUGUCGGCUCGAAAACCCAGCGCACCCAUUCCAUCAGGAACUUAAGCUGCGUGCCGGUCAAGUUUCAGUGGAGCAUUUCAGAGACUGAACAGACGCUUAUCUUUGUCAAACCAGAUGCUGGCAAACUGCAUCCCAAUGAAAGCUCACUUCAGACGUGGUCCUUUAGUCCUCUGGCAGAGAAAACAUACACAUUCAAACCUACUCUCAGCUUCCAGAGUGAUGACUCUGAGGAGUUGCACCUCACCCUAGAACUGAUUGGAAUGAGCUCGACUGGUUCCAUUGAGGCAGUGAAAGAAGUCCUAGAUGUGGGAGAGACUUUAGUUGGAAGCUGUCGCUCAGUUGAGAUUCCUCUCGUGAACAAAAGCCCCUGCCCCGUCUCUUUCCGUCUCUCUUUAGAGCAGAUGCUGGAAGAAAAUCUCCCCAAUUCUGAAGAUAACAGUGCCCUGCAUCUGUACUGUCAAAUGGGAACAAUCGCAUCACAUUCCACUCUGCUACUCCAAUCCACUCUCAGACUUUGCACACAGGGCCGGUACCGUUGGGCCAUCCGCUACCAGAUUUUAAAUGCCAGUGGCUUUGGCUUAUGUCCUCCUCAGAAACUGUGUGAAGUACGAGCUCAGGGGGUGUUCCCCACCUUACAGGUGAUUGAUGCAUGUUGCGGUGGCAGCGUGGCCAGGCUCUCCAAGGAAUAUUUGUGGAAACUCUUCUCAUUAGACAGCCUCAAUGAGCACCUGCUUUCCACCCCCUCCCCUACAGAACUUACUUUCAAAACACCCACCAAGCACAGUCUGCACAACAGCCCCUCCAUCUUCACCAAAGUCAUGUUGGAUUUUAAUUUUGGUGCUGCUCCUCUGAAUUCAGAUCCCUCAGAUUUCAUAUUGAUGUUUUGCAACCCUGGUUCUAUCCCUGUAGACUGGGUAUUCUUAUCUCCAGAGGACCAAGAAAUGGAGCUGGAGGACUGGGCGGUGACAGGAGAGUUUAGCAGCACAGACCUGCAUCAAAUGAAGGUUCAAGACAAUCAACUCUUCAGAGUUUCCCCUCGUUCUGGAACUUUGCUUCCUGACCAGAAGAGGGCAGUAAGCUUCAGCUACAGUCAUGACUUUAUUGGAACUGACCGACUUCCUGUUGUGUUCAAACUCAAUUUUGGCAGAGAGAUUUUGCUAAACUUUCAAGGAGUGACAGUGGACCGAAAGGAACCAUAUCUCCACUUUGCUUCCAAUCAACAUGUAUUCACGUCUGUAGCUAUCGGGGAUUCUAGUCCUCCACGACAGAUGUACGAAUUGUACAAUGGUGGCGCAGUGCCAGUAUAUUAUGAAGUGGACCAAGCCAUGUUGUCCCAGCUUCAGAUGGAUAACUAUAAUCAUCCAGUCUUGAGUUGCCUCAGUCCACAGGGAGAUGUUUUCCCUGGGACUAAAGCCACACUGGAAUGGAUCUUCUCUCCACUGGAGGCUAAGAUGUACCAUAUGGAUGUUCCUAUCCAAAUCCAGGAAAGGGAUUCAGUGAUCAUAAAGUUUGUGGGAUGUGGGUUUGAUGCAUCAUCAACAAGCUCUUCUAACCCCAUUGAAUGCAGUGUUAAUAAGGCUCUUGAACACCGUGUGCAGAGGGGGCCAUUUCCAGGACAGAGGGCUUUCUUGUCCGAUAACAGUGUCUUUUUUGGAGAUAUCCCUGUUCAUACAAAGUCUUCGAGAGUCCUCUUCCUCACCAGUUUGUCCCACGUAGACACUGUUUACUAUUUCUGGGAGAUUCCCACACAGCGCAACCAACAAGUGGUACAGAUCCAUCCAGAGCGAGGCUGUCUUGGUCCAGGAGAGUGUGCUAUUGUCGUCCUGACUUUCAUGGCUGAUUACCCCACUGUCUAUCAGCUAGAUCUCAUAUGUCAGGUUACUCACGAAGCUGCACUCGUUGAGAACCACAAUGCCUUGCAGCGCUGGGAGGCAGAAAAAAAACGACAGCAAGAUGAAUUUAUAAUUACAGACAGGAGCGCUUCUGACAGUCAAAGAGUUUUAGUAGAUGAGAUACCUCCUGCAAGAAAAGGGCCACCCUUCAGAAAAUACAAGACUCUUCCUCCUAUCUUUACCAGCAGUAGUAGCGAAGCAGUCAGCAGUUUAUAUGCCAAUAAAACGAGAGCUGAGAGACAGCUACAGCGAGAAGCAGCUAAAGUACGGAGGCGCCCCCAACCCCCUCAGCCUUGUCUGCUGCACCUGAGUGUGACAGCCCACUCCCAUGACCUUCUGGACUACUUCACGCGCUUUCCUGACCAGUAUGACAAGCAUUUUAGAUACCUUCAGUUGACUAGGACCCAGCAAACUGCACGCAAUUCUUUAAGCACAUCCCUCUCUGCUGAGCUGUUUUUAUCAACACAUGGGGCUGGGAGAGACAUCCUCGUGGACGUACUCACUUCUCUUUACAAAAAUCUGCUUGAUGAUAAAACUUUUCUCGAGUCUCUGAUGGCUUUAGCCUUCAGGCCUCCACCCUACCAACCUUACCCCUCUACUAAUCCCUCCUCCAUUCUCCCAUCUUCACCUCAACCUCCAGUUCUGGUGAAUGGGACAGUAGACGGAGAAAGAGCCGCAGGAUGUUCAGAGACAAUUUCUCGAACCCAGACCACACAUUGGCCUGAGCUUGCUCCUGUUGAUGUUAUUGAGGAUAUUUUGUUGAACACGCUCCAGAACAUAAUGAUGGAAGCUGUAAGGGGAGAGCUGGUCCUUACAGCACACCCCCCCACCAUCAUGCUGCCCCCUUUCUCUUUGAGGAGCGGGCAGGCCUUGGCUGAAGAGGACCAGUAGAUCAUCAACUAUCAUUAUCUACACAGCAUCUAACAGGCCAAAAUUCCUCCACUGCUUUCUUUUACAUCCAACUUUUAUCAAAUCAGUAUUUCUUCUACGUCCCAGAAAAACUAAUUUUUAACUGGUGGGAGUUGUUGGAGAUCAUUUUUCCACUUAUUAAUGUAAAAGGGUUUAGCAGAUGCUUUUAUUAAAAGCGACUUACAAAUGAAUCCAAAACCACUUACAAAUAAAAUUUAGAAACAAAAACA